AAACAUAGUAUAAUUGAUUCUAGUUUACCAAUUAAUAAUGAUGAUAUUGAUAUAGAACAAUUAACAGAUGAUAAUAUUAAUAUAGAACAAUUAACAGAUGACGAUAAGAAAUUUAAUAAGUAUAGUAAUUUAGAUAAAAAUAGUGAUGAUGAAUAUAAUGAGUUGCCACUUAAUGGAGAAUCUCAUAUGUAUUCUAAGGAAAUAAAGAUACGCAGACAUAAAUAUUUUUCACGACUAAUUAAUCUAAAACUAAUUCGAUGCAUAUGUGGAAAAGAACUAAAAUUAGAUAAACCAUACUCUUUAAAAAACUUAAAAAUUCAUAUUCAUGGUAAAAAAGCAUAUAAUGCUAAAGUACAAGGUCAAAGUUUAUCGAAUAAUCAAAUUAAACAAUAUGUAUUAAAAUGUUUAUCAGAUUUUGGUAGUUCAAAAAGUGAAACUGAACUUGCUUGUCAGUUAUUUCCACAAAAACUUAAGGAUGAGUAUUUAGUUUAUAACAAAUUAAAUUACA